AUGUCGAAACGGACGGCAGAAGAGGGGGCCGCUGGUGUCCCCCUCAAGAGCGGCGGGCGGCCCGACGCCAUGGACAUCGACGACAAGCCCGACAUGGGCGAGUUCGAAGACGAGUUCGAGGACGAGUUCGAGAGCGAGGACGAGAUCAUCGAGGCCGGCGUCGACGGCAGGCCAGAUGCCGAGAGGGAAGCCGAGGAAGCUGCCGCAAUGGACGUCGACAACGGCCCCGCCACCUUCAUCGUCGGCCGCACAAAGCUCGAUCCGGGCCAGACGCUCGCGCCCGACCCGACCACGUACCGCAUGCUGCACAACCUGAGCACCCCGUGGCCCUGUCUCUCGUUCGACAUUGUGCGCGACGGCCUCGGGGACAACCGCAGCGUCUAUCCCGCCACCAUGUACACCGUCUCGGGCACGCAGGCGGAGGGCUCCAAGGCCGGCGACAACGCGCUGCUGGUCAUGAAGUUCAGCGGCCUGAGCAAGAUGGACGGCGAGGGCGACGAGUCGAGCGACGACGAAGACGACGAAGACGAAGACGCCGACCCCAUCCUCGAGUCCCGGUCCAUCCCCAUCGGCUCGACCACAAACCGGAUACGCGCCUUCCAGGCCCGGCCGCAAGACGCGUCCCGCCCGCCCGUCACCCUCACGGCGACCAUGACCGAGUCCUCGAACGUGCUCAUCCACGACAUCACACCGCACCUCGCGUCAUUCGACAACCCCGGCUCGGUCGUUAGGCCGCAGCAGAACAAGCCCGUGUCGACGAUCCGCGCCCACAAGGCCGAGGGCUACGCCGUUGACUGGUCGUCGCUGCACCCCGCUGGCAAGCUGCUGACGGGCGACAACGACGGCGUCAUCUACCUGACGACGCGCAGCGACGGCGGGGGCUUCGUCACGGACACGCGGCCGUUUCUGGGCCACACGAGCAGCGUCGAGGAGAUGCAGUGGAGCCCGUCCGAGGCGUCCGUGUUCGCGUCGGCGUCGAGCGACGGCACGAUCCGGGUGUGGGACGUGCGGAGCAAGAGCCGGGCGCCGGCGCUGUCGAUGCAGGUCAGCAAGACGGACGUCAACGUCAUGUCGUGGUCGCGGCAGACGACGCACCUGCUGGCGUCGGGCGCCGACGACGGCGAGUGGGCCGUGUGGGACCUGCGGCAGUGGAAGCCCAGCGGCACGGCGGCCGCGGGCAAGCCGACGCCCAUUGCCAGCUUUGGGUACCACAAGGAGCAGAUCACGAGCAUCGAGUGGCACCCGACCGACGACAGCAUCGUGGCGGUGGCGGCCGGCGACAACACGGUCACGCUGUGGGACCUGGCCGUCGAGCUCGACGACGAGGAGAGCAAGGACACGGCCGGCGUGCAGGACGUGCCGCCGCAGCUGCUGUUCGUGCACUACCAGAACCAGGCCAAGGAGCUGCACUGGCACCCGCAGAUACCCGGCGCGCUGGUGGCGACGGGCGAGGUGUUUAGUGUCUUCCGGACCAUCAGCGUAUAG